AUGCCAUCCAGUGUUCACCAACCAGAAUGCUGGAGAGUUGCAAACCCAUGCCCUUAUAUAGAAACGUCAUCUGGACGUAAAUUAUCGUGCCAGGCUUGGUUCCGUUGUGAAAUGGCUGGUAAUUAUAUCAUACGAUGGCGCUGUCAAACUUCUGAAGAGGCGGAGUUUAGCUUUAAUGGAACUACCCUUUCUUUGUGUCAUAACCAGUCAGAUUCAAUACAGUUAACUGAAUGUCCGCCUCCUGUAGUUUGCGCAGAAGACCACCACAAAAGUUACUCUACUGUGAGAACCGGAAUGUCGACAGAGAUUGCUAUAGUCAUUGCUUUGGCAGCCUUCGCGUUUCUGGCCGUAAUCAUGAUAGUAGUGUCAUCAUACAAGUACUGGUCACUGAGGAGACGACAGCCGCAGCGAAACAACCCUGGUCACUACUUUCCCUUUCCCACCCAUUACCACAAUUUCUGGGGUGCAGGCUUCCAUCAACGACACCAUGGCAACAGGACCUUGCACCCGUCAAGGCCGCAGGGGAACCAGUAUCCAGACGUAUAUUUUUCUCAGCCCCAAGAAUCCUGGAGAUACUUUGAGCAUGUGCUGACCUCAUCCGAUGAUUCCAUUGGCAAGAACACAAAGAAACAUUGUGGAAAAGGACAAACCAAUUCCAAAAAAGACCGGCUCAAAGUUGACCCCUCUGUAGUCACUGAGAGUUUUAUAUACCACCAACCGGCCAGGGUCAACAGCUUAGACGAAUUCAGCGAGGGAAAUCAAAGUUGGUUGUACCAAAAUAAGCGGGCUAGCAGAGAGAAUGACGACCUGGAGGAAAGUAUGGAGUGCUAUCAUAUAUACAAAGGAAACCUUAGUAGGUUUCGAUCCCACGAGGAGAAUUAUACUAAUAGACAUGCUGCAAAUUAUAGGAACGAAUAUCGCUACCAGAUAACUUCCUCUGCUGACUUUAUACGAGCUCCACAACUGUCUUCUAUUCCUAUACCAGGAUUUAGCUUAAAUGGAUUUCAAGAAACAAGUCAUCAGAAGAAAUUGGAUGUUGGUGCGCAUGGGAGAGAACGUAAUCGUCAGCAUCAACUGCUUCAAAGGAAAAUUGAUAGUGAUAGCUCUUAUGAAAGUAUCCACGGACGCGUUACCAAGACAUCCAAUACCCACCAACACAAUAUGGUCACCAGUGAGAUACAUCACAGUAAUCAUUACUACCAAGCUAUGACCCCAAACAGUGUUAACGUUCAAUCUGGGGUCAUGACCCCAGGUGGUGUCAAGGUUCAUUCUGGUGCUCUUACUCCCACACACGGGACAAGUCCUGAUGUUAUUAACAGUCAUAAUUUCACCAACAGGUUCGUUAGAGUGGGCAAAAAUAUCUACAGGCCCGUCCUGACAAGAAGCCCUAGUGGUAGCAGCAUCUCCAUCAACAGCAGCAACAACAACAACAAUCAUCACUAUGUGGAUUUAAGCUACGACAGUUUUCUCAAUGAACACUUGAAAGAGUUGGCCAAGCGAGGGGCUGCAUCCAGUAGUACUCUUGAGGCUCGCCAGCAGAAGAAGAAGAAGGAUUCGGACAACCGAUACUGA